AGAGAGAGAGAGAGAGAGAGAGAGAGAGAGAGAGACUCACUCACUCACUCACUCACAGAUACACACACACUGUUAAAGCGAGCUCCGGAGUGAAAAACACAGCGCGCACCGGGUCCGGGGGGGGGUCUGUGUUGUGAUGAAGAUGGCCGACGCUAAGCAGAAACGGAACGAGCAGCUAAAGCGCUGGCUGGGAUCAGAGACCGACCUGGAGCCGCCGGUGCUGAGGAAGAAGAAGACGAAGGUGAAGUUCGACGACGGCGCCGUGUUCCUGGCCGCCUGCUCCAGCGGAGACACCGAGGAGGUGCUGCGGCUCCUCGACCGAGGCGCGGACAUCAACUACGCCAAUGUGGACGGCCUCACCGCCCUGCACCAGGCCUGCAUUGACGAUAACGUGGACAUGGUGACUUUCCUGGUGGAGCAUGGAGCCUGCAUCAACCAGCCGGAUAACGAAGGCUGGAUUCCCCUCCAUGCCGCCGCCUCCUGUGGCUACAUGGACAUCGCAGAGUACCUGAUCAGUCAGGGUGCAAACGUCGGCAUGGUGAACAGCGAAGGCGAGACACCGCUGGACAUUGCAGAGGAAGAGCCCAUGGAGGAACUUCUGCAAAACGAAAUCAACCGGCAAGGAGUGGACAUCGAAGCGGCCAGGAAGGAGGAGGAGCGGAUUAUGCUGCGCGACGCCAGGCAGUGGCUCAACAGUGGCCAGAUCAGCGAUGUCCGACAUGCCAAAUCCGGAGGAACUGCGCUGCAUGUUGCUGCCGCAAAGGGCUACGCGGAGGUUUUAAAGCUUUUAAUCCAGGCAGGCUAUGAUGUAAAUAUUAAAGAUUAUGAUGGCUGGACACCACUUCAUGCUGCUGCUCACUGGGGUAAAGAGGAAGCCUGUAGGAUUCUGGUGGAGAACAUGUGUGACAUGGAUGUUAUCAACAAAGUGGGUCAAACAGCGUUUGAUGUAGCUGAUGAAGAUGUCUUGGGCUAUUUAGAAGAGCUGCAAAAGAAACAGAAUCUGCUUAUGAGUGAAAAGAAGGACGUUAAGAAGUCUCCAUUAAUAGAAACUACAACCACUGGGGACAAUAAUCAAUCUGUGAAACCAGUCAAGAGCAAAGAGACUCUUUUACUAGAGCCAGAGAAGAACGCUCCACGUAUAGAGACUCUGGAGCCAGAAAAGGUGGAUGAAGAAGAGGAAGGAAAGAAAGAUGAGUCCAGCUGCUCUAGUGAGGAAGAAGAGGAGGAAGAUUCCGAGUCUGAGAAUGAAGCAGACAAGACAAAGUCUUCUGCUCCAGUCAGUAACUCCACCUCUAACAGCAUGGCACCCACCCCAGUCCCCGCCCCCACGAGCAUCACAGUCUCAUCCCCUACCAGCCCCACCAACCAGGUGACAACCCCUACCUCACCUGUCAAAAAGUCUGAUAUUAUUACUGCCCUUAUUCCUGUGGGGGAAGCUGCCUGUCCUGCAUUGUGGCGUCAAGGCUUGCGAAAAACGGGCAUUUCUCUUGUGCCCAAAAAAGCGAUGGUGAAUGUACCUGCUGGUAAGGUGUCCCCUAAAGAGGAGGAGCGUAAGGAUGAGUCUCCUGCAUCCUGGAGGCUGGGCCUGAGGAAGACGGGUAGCUAUGGAGCACUGGCGGAGAUCAGCGCUGCUAAAGAGGCGCAGAAAGACAAGGAUACAGCUGGAGUGAUGCGGUCAGCUUCAUCGCCCCGUCUGUCAUCCUCACUGGACAACAAGGACAAGGAGAAAGAAAAAACUCGUUUAGCGUACGUUGCGCCCACCAUCCCCCGGAGGCUCGCGAGCACAUCGGACAUUGAUGAGAAGGAGAACAGGGAUUCAGCAGCUAGUCUGGUGCGCAGUGGUUCGUACACACGGAGACGCUGGGACGAGGAGCUGAAGAACAGCGAUGGAACCACCUUGCAGAACAGAACAUCCAGCUACCAGCGCAGCACAUCACACACUCUAACCCUCGGCCGCAGCGGCAGUUCCCGCGACCUUCCAGCCAAGUCGUCCUCCGCUUCCAGCCUGGAGCCUAACAGCACUAAAUCCUGGCAGUCCCCGCACUCCUCCUACAGCCAGGCUUACAGCAUACACCGCAGUGGCUCGUUUGGGCGCAGACAGGAUGAUGCUGUGAGUUCUACAGCCUCCAGCUCCUCCGUUACCACGACAACAAGCACCACCUCCUCUAUUACCUCACCUACAGGUCAACGCAGGUAUUGGUUGGAGGACAGUGCAGAGAAGGAGAAAGAGUCAGCGACUGUUAUUCCAACCAUCAACACUGCAGGCACCACCACUACCACCUCCACUACUGGCACUGUACUAGGCUCAGAUGGCCGCGAGAGACGCAGAUCGUACCUCACUCCUGUGCGUGAUGAGGAGUCGGAGUCUCAGAGGAAAGCUCGAUCUCGACAGGCCCGACAGUCCAGGAGAUCCACUCAGGGUGUGACCCUGACUGACCUCCAGGAAGCAGAGAAGACGAUCGGCCGCAGUCGCCCCAUGCGGUCCAGAGAGGAGGAAAAGCAGGACAAGGAGAAACAGGAUAAGGAGAAACAGGAGGCCGAGACGAAAGAGGUCGAAACAAAGGAGGCAGAAACAAAGGAGGAUGAUUAUAGGUCUCGCUAUCGGGCUUUUGAGGAGCGGUACCGGACUUCUUCCCUGAGCUCCUCCACCACCACGGCCUCCACGCUGCCCUCAUCCUCCAGCAGCUCUUCAUCCCUCUACACCUCCUCCUCUUCCUUGCUGAACCGGCCCAACAGCCUGAGUGGCAUCAGCUCCACCUACAGCCGCUCUGGAUCAGCCCGCGACACUGAGAAAGAGGUGGAUAAGAAAGAAGCAGAGAAGGAAUUGGAGGAUAAAACUCAGCCUCGCUCCAUACGGGAUCGCAGACGACCCCGAGAGAAACGGCGCUCUACUGGAGUUUCCUUCUGGACCCAAGAUAGUGAUGAAAAUGAUCCGGAGCAGCAGUCAGACUCGGAGGAAGGAAGCACUAAAGGAGAACCUCAGAGUGACCGACUGUCCAGAAAUGAUGCAGUGUCCACCAGUACAUCUUAUACCGACCGCUACGAGCACCUGGAUAGCCGCGGCUACAGAGAGGGCCGCCGGCCGUACUCACGACUGGACAGAGAUGAUACCACUGACUAUAAGAAGCUUUAUGAACAGGUCCUAGCUGAAAAUGAGAAGCUGAAGGCUCAGUUACGUGACACAGAUCUGGAGCUAGCGGAUCUGAAGCUACAGCUGGAGAAAGCCACACAGAGACAGGAACGCUUUGCUGAUAGGUCACAGCUGGAGAUGGAGAAAAGGGAAAGAAGAGCUCUAGAAAGGAAGAUUUCUGAGAUGGAGGAGGAACUUAAGACGCUACCAGACUUGAAAGCUGACAACCAGAGACUGAAGGAUGAGAACGGUGCUUUGAUUCGAGUCAUUAGCAAGCUUUCCAAAUAGAACAGCACCUCUCUUCCCCCAGUGGCAGCGUCUGGUAUUACACCCCCCCCCCUUAGAUUAUUAAUUACAGCAGACAUCAGCGACGAGAUGGCUCUUUCUUCCUGGUCACUGUACCCCAUUUCCUUUUUCUCUUUCUCUUUAUCCCUGUCUUUCUUUCCCCACCAUCACUCGCUCCUGUCCUCCAUCUGCAUAACUUCAUCCCACCCGCUCUUCUGUGCACGUUCACAGCGCCAGAGUUUACAUUUACAUCGCUGAGAGAAAACGAGAGACACUGAUGGCGCAGAUACAUCGUUGGCCUGGUUUAAAAAAAAAAAUCCUCCAGAACUAUUUAACCAGUAAAGCCUUGGCUGUACAUAAAAUGAAAAUAACAAAAAAGUCACAAACACUUUUUUUCUUCUUUUUUUUUUGCUCGGUUUUCUCUUGGCUUUCACAGAAGAGCAGUUACACCUGAUUUUAUUUUUAUUUGUGCCACAUGCUAGACUUUUCUCAUUUUUGUCUUUUUUGCAUAAAAAUGUUAUGCAGCUCAUCCUUUCUUUUUCUCCCGUCUUUCUCGCUCUGGCUCUCUCUGUAUCCUCCAAUCAUCUCUUUCCGUGCUGUAAGUCCCGCCCCUUUUUCUGAUUUGGUGGCACUGUUUCUCAGCAGUGGACUUCCCAGCAUUCAUCAGUGUUGGCACGUGCACACACUCUGACCUUUCCCCUGCUCCCACUAUCACUCACACGCCCCUCCCCCCCCCCACACCACGCCCCCUUUUUUGGAUCAGGUGGAAUCUUAAGCUUUCACUGAAUGUGCAAUACGCGUCUUUUUCUUCAUUAAUAAUAAAAUGCUUUAAAAGAUCAGUCCAUCUCACAUAGAAAAUAUUCACUUCUCUUUUUCCAUCGCUCACCCUCCUCUUUUCCUCCCCCUUCCUUCUCUCUCUCUUCCUUCCCUCUACCACCAAGUUUCUCCUCUUUAAGUUUGUAGUGUAGUCAAUGGUUUAUAUUCCUCACGUUGUUUUUAGCAGGUACUGAGUGAAGCUGUAUAUACCUGUAUGUAUUGUUUGAGACAAGCACAUGGCAUGCUUUCUGUCUGUUACUGUUGAAAUAUUACCAACUCCAGAGAACGAAAUGAAACUGAAAAAAGGUGUGUUUUAACUAUUUUCUUCUUUUAUAGUCUGAAAACAUCGAAUAAACAGUAGCGCCUCCCUAUGAAAAUAAGGGAACGGCUUACAAGGUGUUCAGCGCAUUCUUUCAAGUUUUAAAGAAAUAUUCACGGUAAUUGUGACAUAAGAAUAAUAUAAUUCACUACUUUUCACACGCGUUGUAUUACGUAUAUUUGAAAGAGUGCUGUUUUUUUUUUUUCUUUCUUUCUAUCCCCCCCUCCGCUGUUAGUAUUAGCCAAGGUGUCGUCACUAAGGAUAUGCCUAGGUAUCGCUAACCCAGCCCCUUUUUAAAAAAUUUUUAAUUUUAUUUUUACAUUGUCUACAUGCACUGUCGAUGAUGCCAUGCCAGGAGUCUCGCUGUCCAUUCUUUUUUUUUUUUCUUUUUUUUUUUCUUUGGUCGCCAUGUCAGAGGAGGUCCGUGCUUCGGAGAAGAAUGAGUAAAUGAAUUUUAUGCAUUUCAGUGGCCUUUUAAAAAUACUGUAGUUGAGAGAAGAAGGAUAAAGUCGCUGUUGGACUGUCAGCUGUCUCCUCUUAUGGUUUAGGUUUUCAUUUUUUUCUUUUGGUUUUGUUUUAAUGUUUAUUUUUCCUCCUUUUUAAAAAUUUCCCAUCCUCUUGUUGUAAAAUAGACGUGUGGCUUCCUACAUGCAAGCUGUGCUGUGACUACCAACCACUGAGAGUUCAUUAAAAAUAAAGUUGUACAUUGUAAAAAUCC